AUGCCGACGCCAGAAGAGCACCAGAAGGCCCUCUGCGACCAGCUAGAGAAGGCCGGCCAAGACGUCAAGAAGAGACUCGGCGACGUCGAGGUCAACCUGGCGCAGGCCCUCGAGAGGAUCCGUAUCCAGCUGGGCGAGAUCGACGACACGUACGCCGCUAUCCUGCGAGAGCUGGACAAGCUCCCCGUGGGAGAGCGGGAGGAUUUCUACGGGCUCUCGCUCCACGAGGAACUCCGGCGGGAUCUCGAGGAGGUGCUGGCGGAGGCCCUGGAAGCUGCUAGUGCGAAGUGGGGGUUGGGAUACGUGGAGGAUAGGGUGGUUGUGCUGCGUAAGGAGGGAGGGGAUGAGAAGGUUCAUGAGGAGGGAAUGGAUGAGAAGGUUGAUGGGAAGAUGGAUGGGAAGAUGGAAGGAAAGGCUGAGUCAGAGUCAAAGGUUGAGGUUGAGGUUGAGAAGAGGCUAUCGGAUAAGUAA